AUGGCAGACGAUCAACUUCCAGACAGUGCUACUCAGACGCAAACCCAGAAUUCCCAAAUUGACUGGAGUCAGCACAAUACUCCGUCUUAUAUCCCUACUAUCUGGGGAAGAUUAUAUUCUACAAAAAUUACCACGACUGGGAGGCACUGCUGGUCAAAUUCGCGACGCCCUGAAUAUUUUGAUCUUAUUCAACCAGAGUUUACUGUGGGCAGAGCCCUAACAUGCAGCUAUCCAGUAAAAAGGGAUGUGAUCAAGGAAUCCAUUAUCAAAAAUAUCAGCAAACAACAGUUUAGAAUAACUAGAGAUAUGUCUGAACCCCUGUGUCCUGCUAUAAUAACUGAUUUAUCUUACAAUGGAACAUUUGUCAAUGGUGAACUCGUUGGCAAAGGAAAUUGCCGUGUACUAGAUGAUAAUGACGAAAUAGCAAUCACUCAUGUGUUUGUUAAAAUUUUUAUUUUCAAAGAUUUGUUGAAAAAUGAACAGGAUCAAGUUCCUAAAGAGAUAUCAAAGAAGUACUAUAUCUCGAGGACAUUGGGCCAGGGUGCCUGUGGCCUAGUCAAACUCAUUUAUGACAAAGUCAAAUGUACCAAAUAUGCUAUGAAAAUAAUUAAGAAGAGCAGACUGACAAAUGGACAAAUCAAUCAUUUGAAUGAUCCAGAAAAGAUCAUGAAUGAGAUUGCCAUCAUGAAAGCUGUACAGCAUCCAUGUAUAAUCUCAACUGAGGAAGUAUUUGACUCGCGUGACGCAGUCUACAUUGUCCUCGAACUGAUGCAAGGCGGGGAACUAUUUGACAGAAUUACUAAACAAGGACACUUGUCUGAACAGUUUACAAGGUUCCUGUUCAGACAGAUGGUGCUGGCUGUGAAAUACCUCCACUCUCAGGGUAUUACACACAGAGAUCUGAAGCCUGAAAAUGUACUACUUGAGAGCCAGGGGGAUGACACUCUAGUCAAAAUAACUGACUUUGGACUGAGUAAGUUUGUUGGAGAAGACAGUUUCAUGAAGACUAUGUGUGGAACACCACUAUACUUAGCUCCUGAGGUGCUGAGAGCCAAUGGACAGAGGAGCUAUGGACCAGAAGUUGAUGUCUGGAGCUUGGGAGUAAUUUUCUUCGUAUGCCUCGUCGGUUACCUUCCAUUCUCAGGAGAUUACAAUGACAUGUCCCUUAAAGAUCAAAUUCUGACAGGAAGAUACAGAUUCUCUCAGGCACACUGGCGCAACAUAAGUUUGCAGGGCAAACUGCUAAUGAAGAGAAUGCUGACAGUACAAGUUGACAGACGAAUCACACUUAACCAAAUCCUGAAUCAUAGCUGGAUGCAGGACAAUGAUGUAAUCAUCAGAGUUGAAAAAUUACUAUCUCACAAACAAGCAUCAUCAGGCACAGAGUUGUCUGUUUCAUCUUCAUGUGAAGAUGAUGAAAAUGGCAAUUCAGGCCCUGUCACUGUGAUAAGGCUGGUAGCAACUGCCAAACGACCUCUUAGCGACAGUUUCAGCUCCUGUGAACCCAUCCCUAAGAAACUAAGGAUUGGUAUGUCUAAAAAACAUGAUGACACAACUUCUACAACUAGCUGCUGCUCCGAUGAGUAA